UGACGCUCUGCUCAUGGUUGGAUGGACGACUGAAAUACACCAUUUAGCUUAGACUGAGCUACAGGGUUUUUUGACAUCCAUGAAGCAGGAAAGUUAUCCUGGAAUACUCACUUCGUCCUCUGAGAUCUAAUUUUACUGUCUACUGUUGUGUAUCUUCGCCGUGUGCUGAACAUUAUGCAGAGAAGAAUAAUCUCUGAGGACGAACUAGCGAAUGCGGAGCGCUUUGGCAAGUUCUGUCCUGUUUUCAAAGUUGAUGCAAGCACCAUUGUCAAGACGGGUGACUGCGUUCGCCUGACCGAAGCUGCGACGAUGAGAUUGGUGCGGGGAAACACUUCUAUCCCAGUGCCUAAAGUCUACAACGCAUAUAAAGAUGAAACGACGGGUCAUGUUAGGAUUGUCAUGGAGUUCAUUGAGGGUGACUGUCUCGAGCAUGUUUGGGACAAAUUAAACCCGUCUCAGAAGAGCUUAAUCAUUGGACAGCUCCGAGAUAUAUUCUCCGAACUCCGGAAACUCAAGGGCACUUUUAUUGGCGGUAUUGACGGUACAGCUUGCGAAGACCAGCUCUUUACUGACAAUCUGGGUGGUUACGGGCCAUACGACAACGAAAAACAGUUUAACGAGGGCAUUGUUACAGCUCUCAGGAAGUCAAAGCAAGGUCCCUGGGUCGAUGUGGUAUGCGAAAUGAUACUUAACUCAAUGCGAAACCACGAGGUUGUUUUGACACAUGGCGACUUUGCUCCAAGGAACAUUAUUGUGCAAGGAACAAAGGUUGUUGCGGUUUUAGAUUGGGAACUGUCUGGCUAUUACCCCGAGUAUUGGGAAUAUGUUAAGGCUCUUUGGCGGCCUGCAUGGGAAAGCGCCUGGAGUAAAGAUCGUGCUGUAGAUCGGGUUUUGCAAAGCUAUUUGUCUGAACUGGCGGUUGUCUGGCAUACAAGAGAUAUCAUCUGGUGAAGGAGGCACAUAGUGAUAUUUCGACUUGCUAGAGAAAGGAAAAGAGAAGAAAAAAGCUCGUCAAAAGCGAGGCCGGAAGUCUGAUAGGAUAGCCAGGGUGGUGUGAAUCCUGAUGGAGACACUCCUGGCGGUGGCGGAUGCAUAACACGGGGAAUUCAUGAACUAAUGCUGCUUGAGUCUGUUUUGCCAGAGUCAAAUUAGGAUCGAAAUUGAUGCCUACUCUGUUAGGACUUCGGCCUUGAUGAGAAAACUUCAGUCAACUCUGACCUUUCAUUUCAUCUCUAUCUUCUCUUGGAGUGCUCCCAAUUGAUGCAAUUUUUUAUCGGUUAAAAUUCGAAGCAGGAUAAGAUUGGCCUUUGAGGUACCAGCUGGAAGACGGUAGAGACCGAGGACUUGGGUGAAAAGUGCAUUGUCUAUAUAGGAAACAAUUGGGUAUUUUGUACAAUCAAGUCGUGCGUUCAUUGAAAUCCUG